UGAAUAUUGUAUAAUAUUUAGAGAGUCUAUAAUAUAUACUUUAAUAACUUAAUAUCUACUACUCAGACUAACUAUACUAUUAUUUAUCUAUAGUUAAUAGAGCUAGCUAGAGAUCUAGAUCUGUUUUUAGGAUUGAGUAUAGAUCUGACUGACACAGUGACAGGCUGCAUGGAGUCUAAAUUUUAAAAUAUCCAAUCAGUAAAAUGAGUCUAUAUUCUAUAUUUAUAAUUAGUCUAUAUUCUAUAUACUGUCUGUGUGGCAUUUUAGUUUUAUAUCUCGAGAGUGGAUCUGCACUUAAAUUACUUAUCAUGUGCCCUAAAGUAAAGACACUAAAGAGGCAAAUCGAACCUUGAUAUUUAAUUAUUUAAAAUUAUUGAUUUACAGAAGUAGAUCUAGUCUAAAUCUACAUCUAGAUCUAUAUAAAUUAUAUUUUAGUAAUAAUAUGUAGGCUAUAAAUUAUACAGAUCUAGUCAUAGAUCUACUAACUACUUGAUUCUAUACAAUACAAUAGUCAUAGACAUAUAGUCUCAAAGGCAGACAUUGAUACCAGUGUGAUGCACUCUACCCUCUUUUCUGCAAGAUAUAUGGGAAAAAAAGAAUUUCCACCAGAGUGGAAGUAGGGCUACCUCAUCAAACUCCCCAAGAAAGGAGACCAUAGUUCCUGCUCCAGUUACAGAGGGAUAAUGCUGAACCAAAUGAAAGAUGCAUCAUCCUGGAACAGUCCAUUGAAUGGAACUCCUUUCUCUACAAAAGUUUUAUAGACUAUGAGAAGAUGUUCAACACCAUCGACAGACCCUCUAGAUACUACUGAGACACUAUGGAGUGCCUGGAAAAAUUACAAACAUCAUUAGGAAGUCAUAUGUGGAGGUGAAUUGCAUAUCUAGCAGACAACUGACAGAUGAAUUUGAAGUCCAAACAAGAGUGAGACAAGGCUGUUUUCUCACCCCCUUCCUGUUCCCGCUAGUCAUAGAUUGGGUCUUGAAGACAGCAACAGACCAGAAGAAAAGCAGUAUACAGUGGACACUGGAAACUGCUAGACUACCUUGACUUUGCAGAUUACCUGGUUCCUCUCGCUCUCUCACACAACACCAGAUUCUGGAAAAGAAAAGAGAAGCACAGAGGUGGAUAUAAUUCCGCUAGACUGGGUCUUGCCAUUAACAGAGAAAAGAGCAAGGUGUUCAAAAUAAAAGCAUCCAUCUACCAAGUCAAGGUAGUUUUGAGAUUAGGUUUCCAUGUACAAUGUUGAGUAGUUUUCAACUUCAUCUCUUUCAUGAAUAGGUAUAAGUCAUGGCAGAGGAACAGAUAAGUGUGGAUGGUGAUGUAAAUGAUAUAGAAGAUUUAGAACCUGAAAAGGAAGUGAAAGCUAUCUAUGACGAUAAGAGACCACAAAAAUUAUUACAAACCGCUUGGCAGAAUCUUCAGUCUGGUCUCUACACUGAUGUCAUAGUAAUUGUGGAUGAACGAAAAUUUCCAGCUCAUCGACUUGUGCUCUCUUCUCUGUCAGACUAUUUCCCUCCCUUGCUUAAGAUUGAUGAAAAAGGAAAAGGUGAGGUUAUUAUACAAAAUGUUUCAUCUGAGGAUUUUGAUAUUUUGUUGAAAUAUGCCUACACUGGAUUAGUGGAUAUAACACCAGACAAUGUACAAAGUGUUCUGAUAGCUGCUGAUUAUCUCAGUAUUGAGUUUGUUAAAAGAGAAUGUACAACCUACAUGAAAUCUCAUAUUGACAUUGACAAUGUUUGUGAUGCUCUCAUCUUUGCUAAGAGUUUUGUAAUAAAUGAUUUGGAACAAAAGGCUUUCAAGUUUCUCCUGGAAAAUUUAGAUUCGGUAUCGAGAACUGUUGGAUUUGCAAAGUUAGAUUCACAUUAUUUGGCUAAAAUCUUGGAUGACGAUAAUCUGGUUCUUUUUCAAAAUCAGGCAAUUAUGAGAAGUAAAGAUAGAGAGAAACUUGUUCUUGAAGCAGUGCUGAGAUAUUUAUUAAUUAGAAAUGAGGAGGAUCCUAACUUAAUACAGAUUUUAAUUAGUUCAGUCAGGCUGCCAGAGAUAAGUGAAGAGGAAGUUAAGAAUUGCUUAGAAAGUUACAAACAAUUUAGGAAUAAUAGCAUUGUAAAAAGGUCUUUAGUUCUUAGAAAAAAAGCAUUGUAUAUAAUUAGUCAAAAAGAAGAGCCUGAAUUUGCUUCUUUGGUGGCAUCCGCAUCAGAAGUGCCUUCUUCUUGGUUUAGAAAGAGAAAGCUGGCAUUUUAUACUAUCACCCCUGGGUUGAGGAGUUACGCAAGUGGGGGAGAAGUGGGAAGAGUAAAUGAUCACCCUGACUUUAAACUAACUGAUGCCAAUUUCAAAAUUCAGAAAAUAGAAAUAUGGACCAGACUUUGGGAUACGGCUGAGAUAAUUGGUGGUAUGAAAAUAGUUUAUCAGUCAAUGGAUGGGCAUUGUAGUGAUAUUGAGUAUUUCAAGGGAGUGUCUCACCACGUAGAGAAUACUCACAUUGUGGAGUUAGAGCCAAAUGAAUUUAUUAUCAAAGUCAACAUUGGUAGUGGAUGGUUGAUAGACAGCUUGUGUUUUCAUACAACUUUGGGUAAAGUAUACGGCCCUUUUGGUGGAGUUGGAGGCGGUAUUCAUGAAGAAAUAGCCCCCAGAGAUUCACCAUCUUAUUUAUUUGACAUGGGUUAUCAAUCAGUCAUAACACAAGGCUCUCCUGCCAUUUACAACCUUUGUCUAAGAUGGAUUGCAUUUAGCUAAAUAUGUUUGCAUGGAAAAAUCUUAUUAAGUCACUAUUACAUAACACUUUGCUGCCACUUUUAGUUUUCAAUUUUUGCUUCAUAAUGGUUCAUCAUCUCAUCUCUGCCUUGGGGAAUAGGCCACAAAUCAGCUUCCUCCAGAUGUCUCGCCUCUGGGCAAGUUUCUCCAACUAUCCCUACAUCUUGCCCAUUAGCAUGGCAUCUGCUUCCAAAUUGUAGCGCCAUGUAUUCCUGGGCUGUCCCCUCUUCCUUUCUCCUUGGGGUGGUUCCAGGUUAGGGCUUGCCUUGUUAUGUUGGAUGCAGGCUUGUGAAAGAUGUGACCUAUCCAUCUCCAGUGUCUUUGAAGGAUAUUUACUUCAAUGUGUGACUACAUCAGUACACGUCUCUUUCUUUGCCCAGACUCUAAGGGGUUUGUAAAAACAAUUCUGGGUGUCUUUUAUAGAAAGCCUGGAGCCAUUGUUUUGUGAGUGUCUUAUGAUGGCUUUGAGCUGUAGGGUCUCUGGAAGCUUAUAUGUCCUUUUCUGUAUCUUGAUCUUUAGAAUUUGUUUUUCCAAACCUUAGGUUUACAAGACAUGCAAAUGGCCAAAGCAGGAUAGAAGGAAGGACGAAUCCUUUCAACAUAGGAUAAAAAUAAAAAACACUAUUAAUAUUUCUAAAAAAGACAAAGCAUAUAUAAAAAUUUAAUUGAUUAAAAAUAUAAUUAAAUCAUACACCAAAAAAAACCCAUACAUUUUCGGCCAAUAGGGCAUACCUGCAGGACGGACAAGCCUUCAAAAAGGAGCUUAUGUCCUUCUUUUGCAGAAUGUCUGGUAAUCAUAAAUUCUAUGGUAAUGUAUGUAGUAUUAUUCUCUAAAUGUUUUUAAAUUGAUAUCUACUAAUAUAUACUCUAUACUUAAAUACCAAUAAUACUAUGUAAAUAUUAUGUAAAUAUUUACUAUGUAAAUAUUAAACUAAAAGGGCAUGUUAAAUAAACAACUGGUGUUCGUAAUCAUGACUUUCUUUUAAAAAGUAAAAACAGGGUAAGUGCCUACCAUUUUUUGUAUUCAAAGCCUGGCUGAUGGCUAUGAAAUGAUAUAUUUCGUUAUCUAUUAAUAAACCAAAAAUGCAUGUCCCAGGCUGGUGAUGGGUCAUCAUCAUUAUCAGCCCUAACCUAUGUGUUUCUCCUGGAGUGUGAAAAAGGAUGGACUAUUCCUCACCUGUCAACUUUAAACUGAAGUCUUAUCAAAAGAAAAACAUAUAUAUCAGAAGCGUUUAAAAAAAUUGCACAUAUGCUGUACCAUUACAGCAAAAAUAAAAAACAAUUAAGAAUUUUAUUAAUUUUGACUAGUUGUUCCAUAAUCAUGCCUGUUCAGUAAUAGUGGCUGAACUAUAUUUUAUAUAAAUAAUUGUAUCUACUAAUUAUUAAUUGAUUUUGUCAUUUAUAGAACAUGAAGUUUUAGUGCAUUAUAUUCAAUUUUUGUUGACUUCUGGGAUUUCUUAUUAUUGUAAUAUCUUU